AUGCCGAACAGAAGGCGCAAGGGAAGAAGAACAAGCCGCGCCAACAGCCAGCGGCGACGAGCAGAAACGGGCGGCGGCGGCGGCGACCGCGCGCGGCGGGCGGCGUGCCCAGGUGGCGACCGGAGCGGCGGCCGCGGCGCGGCGGCGGCGGUCGCGGGCAGCGGAUCGGCGCGCGGCGGCGCUGGCGCCCGAGACGGUCAAGAGCGGUGUCGCAGGGCCGCGGCCCCGCGGCCUCCGCGGUGGCCAGGCGGCGCGGACCCGGAGUGCGGCGCGUGGGAACCGCGGAGCGGGGGCGCGCCCGGCGCGAGGGGACCCUGUGGGCGGCGGGCGCCCGGCCGCGGGAAACCGUCCGCGGCAGAGCGCAUCCCCGGCGGCGGAGGCGCACGCCUGCCGGCAUCGGCCGCGGCUCGUCGGAUUCGGUGCUCAGUUGAAAAAUCCCCGCUUUAUUUCAUCACGAUUGAAAAUGGAGUCCUGCCUUUCGGUCCGUUUCGUUUGCCGUUGUACAGCAGUUGGGUUUGUCAGGAAGCUCCUUGUGCUACUCCACUGAUCUGUAGCUUUGGAAGGCCAGUGGACCUGGAGAAGGAUGACUACCAGAAGGUUAUAUGCAACAAUGAGCAUUGUCCUUACAGCACUUGGAUGCACCUUCAGUGCUUCUACGAGUGGGAAAGCAGCAUCCUCGUCCAGUUCAAUUGCAUUGGCAGAGCCAGGAGCUGGAACGAAAAGCAGUGUCGCCAAAACAUGUGGACCAAGAAGGGAUAUGACCUGGCUUUUCGCUUUUGCUCCUGUCGGUGUGGGCAGGGUCAUUUAAAGAAGGACACUGACUGGUACCAGGUGAAGCGAAUGCAGGAUGAUAAGAAAAAGAAAUCAGUGUUGGAGAAGAAUACGGGAAGGUCCAUGGCAGAGUCAACAGAGGAGGCCAAAAAGGGCAGGCCGGCCAACAAGCCCCAGAAAGGCUUGAGUAAUGACCUCCAGCGAAGGCAUUCGAUGGACAGGCAGAACUCCCAAGAGAAGGGUGUGAUGGGUGGCAGCUACGCCGUUCGUUCACCUUGUGUCUCUCCUGGCCAGUCCCCGCCCACUGGCUACUCUAUUCUUGCCCCCACACACUUCAGUGGGCCUCGUUCCUCAAGAUACUUGGGAGAGUUUUUGAAGAACGCCAUUCACCUGGAGCCUCAUAAGAAGAACAUGGCUGGUGGGGGCAUGUUCAGGAAUGCACAUUUUGAUUAUGGGGCAGCUGGCUUGCAAGCACAUAGGUCAGGACACUUCGAUGCUCCUGUGCAGUUUUUGAGAAGGCUCGAUCUAUCUGAGCUGCUCACUCACAUCCCCAGGCAUAAAUUGAAUACUUUCCAUGUGCGGAUGGAAGACGAUGCCCAGGUGGGCCAAGGGGAGGACCUUCGGAAGUUCAUCCUUGCUGCUCUCAGUGCCAGCCACAGGAACGUUGUAAACUGUGCUCUAUGCCACAGGGCGCUGCCAGUGUUUGAACAGUUUCCGCUGGUGGAUGGGACCCUAUUCCUUAGCCCAUCAAGACAUGAUGAGAUUGAAUAUGAUGUUCCCUGUCACCUUCAAGGAAGGCUUAUGCACCUCUAUGCUGUUUGUGUAGACUGCUUAGAAGGGGUUCACAAAAUUAUCUGCAUCAAGUGCAAGUCCCGAUGGGAUGGAAGCUGGCAUCAGCUGGGAACUAUGUAUACCUACGAUAUUCUGGCAGCAUCUCCCUGUUGUCAGGCUCGACUGAACUGCAAGCACUGUGGGAAGCCAGUAAUAGAUGUAACCAAGGACAAACAUGUUGUAAGGCCACUGGUGAGAAAACCCCUCGAAAAUAUACUUGUCCAAAAGGUUCCUUGUUGAGACAUUCUUGGAUUGCACUUUUGCAGAUGGAAGAAUAUGUACAUAGCAAAUGAAUGUUGAUGAAAUUAAAAUAAUUGGUUAUGAUAUCAAUUACAUGUGUUGUUAGAGAAUAUUUUGUUGUGGCUUCUCUGUAUUAAAAAGUAAUAAAUACCAGACAGCUAA